CUGUAAGAUUGUCGUCGGGGAUGCCGGCGACCCUGGCCAGUUUGGUGUCGGUAUCUAUAGUGUUUACGUACUGAAAAUGCGUCCAAGACUGAUAUGGUCGGUUCGUCUGCUGCUCGUGGCCCUCGUAAUCCUGAUGCAUACCAGUCUGUUCUUCUGCAAUGGGAGGUGCAAAAGGGUCUCUCGGCCUUAUUACUUUCGUUCCCUCGUGAAAGAAAGAAGUCGGCGAGUUGCUACACAAACGAUUAUCCACCAGAACUCGGACGAACAAGAUUGUCCGUAUACAUGGUACGAAGUGGAAGCUUUGCAAAAUAGAAGUGGUCGACUAUGAAGCCGUAAUACGUUGUAGUAGACUUUACUUAUACCCGAGAGAGGCGUCCUUUCGAAUUACGAAAAGAAAAGUGCGAAGAGAAAGAAAUCAUCACCAUGUCCUCGCCCGGAAGCUUUGAUAAAUUUCGCGUCGACGAUAUCGUCUGCGAGGAGGCACGAGACCUGGCCAAGCACUACGAGUGCAGCGUCUGUUUGAACCUGGUGGAGGACCCGCUGCAGACGGCCUGCUGCAGUUCGAUUUUCUGCACAAGCUGCAUUGAACACCCUUCGGUCAGAUCCUGCCCAACCUGUCGCGUUCCCUUCGGUCGCGGCACGGAAGCAACCGCCACCAGAGGGAGUCCUCUCAAAAAAUCCAACAUCCACGCCCUACGCAUGAUCAACAAAAUCAACGUAUUGACUUGCAUAAGUCGUUUUUGUGCUAGAGUUCGCUCCUUCUCCGCAUUGAGUGAUAAUCUCGGAAAUUUCAAAAGUUCUCUGCGUCGUUCUGCUUGCGACAUCUGGAUGACUGCAGCGUGAUGUUUAUUGCCUACGAGUUAAAUGUUGUAAUUAAAAUUAUACGGAACGGAAGCGAUCGAAUAUGAAAAAAUAAUAUUCAAAUCAGGUUUAUUGCCCGUGGAGUAUGCGCCACCGGCAAACGGCGUCGAGCGGCGGGUCCUAUCCUGUGCAAACAUACCUUCUUGUGAUUGAAGACAAAGCGCCUCACUACAUGGCUGUGCUGCAUCACAUGAAAAUUGUCCGGCUCAACUUUGGCAUCGAAGAAAAAUCUCUUGCGGCACCACUAGCUGCGACUGCUCUUGGACAGGCCUAUCCACUGCAAAUAUGUCUUGGUCUGGAAACUUGUCAUGCUGAGUUGUGAAUCAAUACGUACCAAUAGCAAAUGGAAUGCUCUGAAAUGCACAGCCAAGUACGGCUCAGUGUUUCGCUUUCCGCAUGACAAGCUGCGUUUUUGCAUGACACGCAGAAGCACACGGAUCUUGACGUCUUGGACGCGCAUGACAGACUCUUCACUCAUACCUCAAGACAAGCAUGACAAACCUUGCGUCCUUCCAGACCCAGACAUUAUAUUUGCAAUGCAUAAGAUCGACUUUGUGCUUGUGAUGACAUUACCUCCUGCUCGUAUGUGAUUUUUUCAUUAGUGAAACGCCCGUUGCAGUACAAGUCUCGGGCCUCACUCCUUAAGGGACAUGAGGCCAAUGCUGAGUUUUGAACGACUAGGGGGAUAGAUUGCAGUUGCUUUUUUACGAACAAUCACAACGGGUGUGUUUGCACGGGGAUACCUUUUCCUCCCUGUCCUCCACCGUAGUCUCGACGAACGGAAGCUCCUCUAGUACCUCAGCGUCGAGCAGUCCCGAGGACGAAGAAUGGUGCCAAUGGAAGGGCGAGUACGGGGAUUUGAUGGGAAAGCAUCUGGCUAACUGCCAGUUUGCUAAGGUCACCUGUGAAUAUGCAUUGCAAAAGUAUCGUACUCGUAUAAAUUAUUUAAAUGCAUCACAAAUUUCCUCAUCAUGAGAAAUGAAAUUUGUAUUACGGAUUUAGGUUUAGCUUAAGAACAGUGUAAUGCAUGAUUGCAAAAAUACGAGUGCGAUACUUUUGCACAGCAUAGUGAAUGCGGAUUGGCAAUCCGCAGAAAAGACCGAAACGCACACAAGCUGAUCUGCCCGAGUAUGGUGCUCUCAAACGUUACAUGGAUCAGUGUUAUAUGUUGAUUCGCCAUGCAAAAUCAAUUCUGUCCGGUAAAAACAAGUAUCCUCCAGGAGCACACUUCUCACACGACCAAACUACUGGCUUCGCAUGACAACGACAAGUGGUGUAUGCCUAUGAGAUCCCUCGCAGAUAAGUUGUAGCUCACGACGCGCAGUUUCACUUUUGAUGAUGUAAUUCUUGCAUCACACACAAACAAAGCCACAGGAUGAAACAGCGAUCAGUGUAAGGUUUGAGUACCCCAUAGCGAGCUUGUUGGUCGCGUGCAAGAUCUGUGGGUUGAAGGUCAAGCCUGCAGAUCUGGCAGUCCACGACGCGGCGGCCGCGGUGCAGCACGUCGCGAUCCUGCAGAAGCAGAUGAUGGAGCGCGGGUUGCUGGCUGCACGGCGUGACCAGGUAUCAUCACAGCUCAGUGGUGUGGACUUAAAGCUCGACGCAUAUGAGAGUGCACGAGAAUCCCUUCUCCACCAUUUCUUUGGAAUACAAAAUUGAAAUUUCAUCCUGUUCCCCUCCCUGUUCGCUUUCACACGACCUCUAAUCAUAUCAAGUUGCAGAACCGAGGUGCUUUUGAGAUCAACGUCAAUUACGCAGGCCUUCUUUGUGCUGCUGGUUCUUCAUCUACUGGCAUUUUUCAAAUGAGAAAUUGUAGAGGGGGGGUCCUCGUUUCCAACUCUCAUAUCGAGCACCGGGCAGCCGCGAAUAGCGACGCGAAUAGGAAGCACGAAGACCUGAAGGGGACCGUGAGCUCCUCCGCAGCAUAUCUUGUGUAGAGGUACACCACACCAGCAGCUGGUCUGUACUAAAAUUGCAUCACUGCCAAUCAUGCGUAGCGAAAAGGAGACCACCUUUAUCCGGAAUUGUGUUUUUUAUUUUUCCGCAUGAGCAUUUGCAUAAGUACUUGAGAGUUUGGUGCGCACGAUGAAAUAAAAAGAAUAAGAAAAGCUUGCUGUUGUAUAUACCCAUACUAGGCACAGCUGUGUGGUGGUAUACUUUUCGACCGGAUAAAUGAAACCACUACGAGUUCGCGGUCGAGUCGCGCAAUACGAUUGUCGGUCUCCUGGUUCUCGCGAAUAUGUUGUGUGAGGAUGUUCCCCUUCCCCAGUAACUCCUUCGCUCUUUCCAGUUUCUGUUUGUAGUCUAAGACAAAAAUCCUCACAAUUCCGGUAGUCGAAGGUAUGUCGGAAUCAGUUGAGACGGCACGAUUUCGGGUUCUGAGCCCGCAUUACCUUGCUUCUCAACCGACGGAGGUCAACAAGUUGUAGAAUAAUGCUGACUUUUUGAAGUAUGAUUAUGAAGCGCAUGCUCGUCUCAUGUUCUUGAAGCAUCACAAAUGAAGGCGAAGGUCGAGGUCGGGAGGGGACUGUUGGAUGUGAUACCGCUCCUUCUGCAGAUGCUCAUCUUGGCGAAGCUGGGAAAGGACGAGGCAUUAUCGCAAUGAAAUAAAGGCUUCCAGCACACUCUCAAGCCAAAUCUUGUUGGGUCGCGAAAUGGAAAGCAUUUCGUUCCCCACUCAGACAGUCCACUACUUAGCAAUACUUGGCCUGUCUGGAUGACGGUAGAAUGAGAAUGAAAGAAUCUCGCAUGAUAGCGAAGAGGUCGGCUUCGACACGCGACGGCUUCGGCUUGCUCUUAGGAUCCCUUCGCCCUUGGCGAAGACAUCGAAAUUUGCAUGCGUGGCGUCGAUGUAAAGGCAAGAUUUACUUGAGCUACAGGUGGGAGCCGUUUUGCACGAAUCGGCUACGACCGCAACGACCACCACCGAGAGCAUAACGUGCGCUCCCCCGGCAGCUGUGAAGCGGGAGUGGUGCUGGUGUUCUUCUUUCUAGUUGUCGAUGAAGUUGCUUUUGCUCACUUGCAAAGGAACAACCUUUCAGGAAAGUAAACGCUUUACACAGCUUGUAGUUAAGAAAGGUGCGGCGUCGAUUCAAAAAUGUUGCUGACCCCUUCCAGCAGGGGGAAGUAUUGACUUCAGCACACAAGUACCCUCUGUAUAAUACGAACUUGUACAGAUUGGAAUCAAAUGAACUUCAGCUCGCGAUGACAGAACCGAAGUUGCAAAAUUUGUCUAGUGAAAAACAAAAAUACAGCAAGGAAUAAAGAUAAACCGACCUCACAGUAGUUGUACUUAACGGAUCUGGUUUGGAGAAAAAACGAAACUGUAUGCGAAAAUCAAGAAAUGAAAAUAAAGUUCUCAAGACUAGUAUUAGACUGUUUUUUCUUAGCUGCAAAUGACAUGUUUUUUUUACUAGUUUCGCUCUGCGUUAUUUAAAUUUUUAUUUUCAAACUACUCCAGUCCUUGUCCUCCGCGUAAAGCCGUCAAGCGUACAAGGAUGCUCAGCACUUUUGCAGCCAGACAAUGUAUCUCCUAGUCAACAGUACAUCUGGUCGACGAGCCAGCAAAUGUACCUGUGGACAGGAGCAAGUACAUCACGAGAAAAAAGUUGGGUUGCAGGCAGGGUUUUUGCUACACCAUCUGCAGCGAUUUGCUACGCUACAACCUGCGACUAUGUUCAGAAAGAUGGAAAGAACUUAUUAAAAAGCCCGACCGGUUGUGUAGUCGUUCUCGUUCUUCAUGGUCGCGAACAAUUUAACUUGAGAUGAAGCCGGCCUGAGGAUAAUGGAGUCAGUCCUUUUCUGAGAGAAAAAGAAAUUAUCCGAUGUGCGGUGGGUGAAGCGAUUUCACAUACAUAUGAGAGCGACCAAGACUUUUCUGAACCAACUACCGGGCGAGAGCUGCGCGUGCGCGAGGUGGC